AUCCAAAACCGCCCCGUUAGCAAACAGUUAGCACCCAUCCCUCUCCCUCUCUCGCGUGCUCAAGCAGACUCUCUCCUCAUUGAGAUCACCCUGGACGUUGGUUCCGUCUGUCCCGCCACCGAUUUCGUGACCUCCAAUGUAAAAGAUAACUAAAUUACGAAUAUGUCCUCACAGGAGCAAGCCCUAGCGUCCUUAAUUUCACAACUAGCCCUCUCCUUCGACGGCGCCGUUUUAGGCGUCGCCCUAGCCUACGCCGCCGUCCGAACAAUUUUCAGGUUCAAGUCAACCUCCACUGCUCUCCGUAAAAUUCGUGUUGCACCGUCGCUUGGCGUGGCCGACCUCCGUUCCGUCCUCGAAGAGGACAAGUCGGAUUCCACCGAAGAACCUAUCAUCGUAAUUCGAGGCGCCGUUGAGGCGAGAUCGGCCGGCGAUGGACGGAGCUGGAAGAGCCUUAGGAGUAAUGUGCUUGUCUCUCAAGAGUCCGGUGAUAAAGCUGUUGUUAUCCAAAGAACACAAACUUAUAUUUACCAUGAAUGGAGGGGAUUUUUUGGAUGGACUUCUGAUUUACGUGCUAUCAUCGGAAGGUCUUGGAAUAAAAAAGAGUCCACUUCAAUGAGAACGGUUCCUUUCAUUCUGGUUGAAGGCGGUCAAUGGCCCCAAUCUGAUUGUGUCAUUGUGAACAUGGAUGGUUCAAGGCAUCCCCUGCCCCUAACUACAGUUUAUCAUCAAUUGCAGCCUAUCAAUGCUUCUCCUUAUACAUUCCUUCAGGCUUUGUUUGGUCAUGAAUACCCUGUUGGUCUGCUUGAUGAAGAGAAAAUUCUUCCCUUGGGAAAGGAAAUCACUGCUGUUGGCAUUUGCAGUUUCAAUAAUGGAGUGCCUGAAAUCAAGUCAUGCAAGGAGCUUCCUUAUUUUCUUUCUGACAAGACAAAGGAUCAGAUGUUGUUAGAUCUUGCCUUCAAGACAAAAAUACUAUUGUGGAGUGGUGUCGUCCUUGGUUCACUGUCUAUUGGUAUCCUUGGCUAUGCUUUUGUGAGGAAUUGGAAUAAAUGGAAAGAAUGGAGGCUAAGACGGUUUCAACUAUCAACUCAUGCUGCCCCUGAUGAUGCCACCUCUCAGAUUGCUGGGGAUGAGGAGGCAGGUGAUGUUCCAGAUGGAGAGUUGUGUGUGAUCUGCUUGAUGAGGAGAAGACGGUCUGCAUUUAUUCCAUGUGGUCACCUUGUUUGUUGCCAACAUUGUGCUGUAUCAGUUGAACGAGAAGUGGUACCAAAAUGCCCUGUUUGCCGCAUGGCAAUCCGUAGUUCAGUGCGUAUAUAUUCUUCUUAAAGAGAAAAUGGUUGCUGUAUUUAAUUUUUUAAUCAUGGUACAAGAUAUUGACACCAGGGUGGCAUGGAAAAUCGUCAGGUAUAGUUCUAAGGCGUUCCUUGCAGUUGAAGCCAUAACUAUAGCUUUUGUAACUGAUUUCCAUAGCAUUGAAAGGGGCUGGAGUUAUUUGGAGUUGACUUAGCUGCAUAGCAUGGUUGGGGUGAUAUGAAGGGAAUUAAGUCAAACUAGAGAUUCUUGUGCUUAAUAUUUUUUAUGGAAAAAACUUACAACCCUGUUAAGUUCUGAUUUUGAAUUUAA